AUGGCGGGACUGAGCGUUCUACUGGAGGGGCGGAAGGAGGUCUCCAGGGCGCCGCAGAUCAUCAGCAAGAGCUUCGUGCUGAGGCCCUUCUCUCCUCGCCCCUCUCCCCCCACCAGUGGCUUCCUCGAGGCCUGCUUCCUCUGCGGGAAGCAACUCUCCCUGGAAAAGGACAUCUACAUGUACAGGUGAAACCGCCGUCUCUGAAUGUUCUUCUUCGCAAGCUGUCGCCUGCCAUGGUUGUUUGUGUCGAUCUCUGUCUUCUGUCUCUCUCCUGCUCUCGCUUAUGCUCUCUCUUGCUGAUGAUGUGUGUAUGGAUGCUUCCGUCUGUGCUGUGUUUAGGGGAGAUAAAGCGUUCUGCAGCGUGGAGUGCCGGUGCAGGCAGAUUUUCAUGGACGAAGAGGAGACGGUGAGGAGGGAGAACUGCUCUUUGGCGGCCUCCCCCAUACGUCAGGGCAAGAGAAUCGCGAGGGGCGGCCGACCCACCGCCGCCGCUGGCGGAUUCGUCUACUGA